AUGGCGGCUCCCGUCCUGCCUUUGCAACAGGUGAAGCUCGCCUCGUUGCCAUCCACCCGCCUUACACCAGAGCAACAAUACUGGCGCACAUUCAAGAACCCUCUCCUCAUCCCGUCGCCAGCCAAUGGACCUAUCAAUCUCAUCACUCAACCCUCUGCCCCAUCAUCUUCUGCUGUCUUCAGCUCCCUGUCGCAGCCCCCCGAUAUUUUCACCGUGACCACCGGUGCCCGAGUUCAGAUCUACUCAAUCCACACCCGGAAAUUGCUGCGCACAAUCACUCGAUUCGAUGAUACAGUACGGGGUACAGAUGUUCGGCCGGACGGGCGUGUGUUGGUGACUGGUGACGAUACAGGCACAGUCCAGGUUUUUGACGUCAAGUCCCGCGCCAUUCUGAAGACAUGGAGAGACCACAAGCAGCCCGUGUGGGUGAGCAAGUUCUCUCCGAGCGACCCAACUGCUCUUAUGACCACUAGUGAUGACCGGACAGUCCGUCUGUGGGAUCUGCCUGCUGAGUCCAGUCAACGUACCUUCACCGGCCAUACCGAUUACGUUCGCAGUGGUGCCUUCAUGCCCGGCGCAAUGGCCUCCUCUGGAUUGAUUGUCUCUGGCUCCUAUGAUCGCACAGUUCGCAUCUGGGAUCCCCGUGUGCAGAGACGCGCAGCUAUGACCUUCAAGAUGGCGGCUCCUAUCGAAAAUGUGCUGCCCAUGCCGGCGGGCACUACCGUUCUGGCUUCCGCUGAUAACAAGAUUGCGGUGCUUGAUAUUGUGGCUGGAAAGCCCAUGCACAUGAUUCAAAACCACCAGAAGACAGUAACCUCGCUUGCGUUGGCAUCCAAUGGAGAGCGAUUGCUCAGUGGUGCAUUGGAUGGUCACCUGAAGGUCUUUGAGACAACUGGCUGGAAUGCGGUCUCUGGCUCUAAAUACCCAUCGCCCAUCCUGUCUCUGCGUGUUAUCACCUCUGGCAUAGCACAGGAGGACAAGCACAUCGCCGUUGGUAUGCAGUCAGGUCUUCUUUCUAUCAAGACCCGGUUGUCUGGUCAACAGAAGGUCAAGGACCGCGAGCGUCAGAAGGAGAUGAAGGCUCUGCUCGAGGGCAAGCUGGAGGAACACGACCGCGAAGUGGCAAAGAAAAAUAAGACUCGCGGCUCAGGCUGGGAGAAGCGGUUGCGUGGCCGCGAUUUCAUCGGAGAAGGAGUCGAGAUUGUGAUCGAGGGCCAGGACAACAAGAAGAGGAAGCGUGAACAAGCUUGGGAGCUUGAUUUGCGUAAGGGCCGAUAUGCCGCUGCCUUGGAUCAAGUCCUUGGAGGUCCCGAUAAGACAGCCCAGCUCACGCUAUUCACUGCCCUCCGUCACCGUUCGGCUUUACGUGCUGCCCUCAAAGACCGCGACGAGGUCACACUCCAGCCCGUUUUGUCAUGGGUUUACAAGCAUAUUCGCGAGCCCCGUCUGGUUGAUCUCUGCGUUGAAGUUGCCAUGAACCUGCUGGACAUCUACUCGGCCAAUCUGGGCCAGUCAGCCCAGGUUGACAAGUUGGUGGACCGAUUGCAUUUCCGCGUACGUGACGAGGUGGAGAUGGCACAGAAUGCCUUCCAGCUGAAGGGCGCACUUGACAUGUUGAAGGCAUGA